AUGGCGUUCAGGCGGCACUUCUCUCGCGUCGGCUCCGCCGAGCGCUGCACAGAGACCAUCUUCACUGACCACCAACGACAGGUGUGCGACUACGCGCUCGUCUACGCGGAGAAGAAGAACGACGGCGAAGCGCCGUACUCGGUCUCCUUCACCGCGACGCAGAGCGGCGACGUCAUCGUACAGCUGCACCCGCACUCGCAGCUCGAGCGCGCCGUGCGCCACGAGCGGCAGGCGCAGGCCACGGAGCCGCCUGCGAGCGCGAGCCCUGCGGCGCCGCCCGCCCCUGCCGCCGCGCCGCCAGCCGCGGAGCCGGCGCCCAAGACGUACGCCGCCGCAGCCGCAUCGCAGCCGCAGGGUGCCACCGCGGGUGGCCAGCCCGCCGCGCCUGCGGGCCCGGCCGCCGCCGCGCGCGUGCCGCCGCCGCCCAGCGGCGGCGGAGUGCGCGGCUGCUCCUUCACUGUCCCUAACCCGGGCAGGAAGCGUGGGCAGCAGCAGCGCGGCAAGGGCCGCGGUGCCAGGGGCCGUGCCGAUGCUGGACCCCGUCUCGUUGACAAGAACGCGCUGUCCGCGCGCGGCAGCGGGCCCUCGCGCCAGUCGCGCUCGCCGUCGCCCGACUCUCCGCCCGCCAAGCGGGCCGCCUCCGCUGACUCGUCCGGCUAUGAAACCGAUACGCCGGACGAGGUGCAGCAGGAGGCGGUCCGCAGGGUAUGCGGCGCGCUCGGCAUGAGGGAGCAGUUCGAGGCGGCGAUGGCGGCGGGCGAGCUGCUCGAGAUGCUCGAGAGCUUGCCGCGAGGGGCGGGCGCGGCGCGCGGCCGCGACGGCGCGCAAGAGGCCGAUGAUGGCCAGAGACUCGGCGUGAAGCGCCGCCUCGACGGCGAGCUCGCGAGCGCGCGCGUCAACGACGACGACGCCAAAGAAGGCGACACCAUUAUGGUGGACGCUGCACAGAUGGCCGCUGCGGCGGCCGCCGGCACCGACCGCGGCACGAAGCGCCUGCUGCACGUCGCGCUCGCGGCGCGCGACGGCUCGCACAUCCCGGACAUCCAGAACAAGACGGCGCUCGUCACCGAGGUGCGCCAAUUGAUCAAGAAGACACCAGGCGGCGAGGCGCAGCAGGCAAGCGCGAUCAGCGUGCCCAUCAUCGGCACGUCGCGCGCCAUCUGCGUCGCCUUCAGCGGCGAGAGCGAGGCACGCGCCUUCCUCGAGCAGUACGCCGGCGGUGGCGUCCUACAGCUCCCAGCGCCAGACAACAUCACCAUCACCUUCGCCGCUCUCGACGCCACCGUGUGGGGCAAGCAGGCGGAGGCGCGCGAGACCCAGGCGACCACGGACUCCGAAGGCCUCCUCGCCAUACGCACGCGCGGCGCCAUCGACACCGCGGCCCAGAUCGAGCACUUCGCCCCCCUCUUGGAGAAGCACUUCGGCAACAUGGUCUCCAUCCAGGAGGGAUACCACUCCUUCCUGGGCACGAAGUCGGACGAGAAGGACGGCUCGAUCCUCUUCAAGGUGAAGAACGAGAACCUCGUCUGCAACCUCCCGGUCCUGCCCAACGUCUACGCGAGCGGCGAUGUCGGCGGACCCCUCCGCCUCGACGUCGGGUGUGUCAAGGUCCUCGGCAACAAACUCUGCCCCUCCUGCCGCGCAUUUGGGUUGACCAACGCCGACAUCAUCCACGACGCGCAGUGCGCCGCGCAGGCGCUCAAGGAGAGGCGCGCCGCAGCGGCGAACGUCGCCAAGAAGAAGACCUUCGAGAGCCUCAUCGUCGACAACAAGGUCGAGGUCGCGCGCGCGGCGGGCAAGGCCAAGGCGAUGGCGGCGCGCGACGGGAUCGGCUUCUGCCCGGCCUUCAACCAGACCGCCCUCCCGUGCAAGACCGCCGCUCGCUGCCGCUACGCGCCGUGCGUCAACUUCGAGGCGCUCCUCCACUCCGCCUUCAAGGACACUAUCUACGAGCGCAUGCCGAGCGCGGUCAGGCUGGGCACAAGCCGCGGGCGGCGCGGGCGCGGCGGCCGCGGCCGCGGCGGCGGCGGCGGCGAGGUCAAGAGCAACAAGAAGGACUGGGCGAGCGUCGCCCGCGGAGCCGCACGCUCCCCCUACGACGGCGGUCCACGCCUCGAGUCCAACGAGCCCUCGCUAUACGAGGGGAGCGACGAGGAGCUCUAG